UGUGCGUGCGUGUGUCAGUGUGUGUUUGCUGUGUGUGUGGGAGCGAGAGAGCGAAACAAGUCGGCUUUCCUUCAGCAGACUGUGAACCUGCACUGGAGGAAGAAGCCCUCUCCAGACUGAGCACCCGCGCUUCAACAGGACUCGGCAUAGAAGAGACACCUUCACUAAAAGUUACUACAUCUUCAAGGAAUCCACCUGUGAUUGUGGCCAGGGCUUGUACAGCUCCAGCUUCCAUGACGGACUCCACUGCUGGAGCUUCUCAGUGACGCCCUACGACGGGGGAGGAUGGGUGAUGGGCCCAUGAAAUUCAGUGGACGCUCUCCUCCUUAUGCCAUCCUCUCAUGGAGCAUCCUGUCACAUCAAGCCCCUCCUGGAACACUUCUUUCUCCAGGCUCCCAACAUUUCCAGCCUCACUGCAUCCAAAUAUCUCGAACGUGACCCCGAGCACAGCGAGCGUCCAAGGUGGGGUAGAUCUGAACCAGUCCCUGGUGCUAUGUGCUAUGCUCAUCAUGGAUAUGCUGGCAGUGGUGGGGAACCUGGCCGUGAUGAUUGUCAUCAUCAAAACUCUGCAGCUGCGUAAAUUUGCCUUCGUGUUCCACCUCUGUCUAGUGGACCUGCUGGCAGCGCUGGUGUUGAUGCCUAUGGGAAUGGUGUCAGACCAAAUCCUGGUGGACGAGGCACUGUGUCGGAGCUACCUCUGCUUGAGUGUGUGUCUAGUGAGUGCUGCCAUCCUCACCAUCUGUGCCAUAAACGUGGAGCGCUACUACUACAUUGUCCAUCCCAUGCGUCACGAGGUGAAGAUGACGGUGGGCGUGGUAGUGGUGGUAGUGGUAGGAAUCUGGAUUAAAGCUGUUAUCAUGUCAUUGCUGCCACUCUUGGGAUGGCUGCUCCAGGGGAGCCGGGGUCUGGGGUCUCCUUCUGUCCUCAUUCCUGGUCAGAGACACUGUUCCCUCCACUGGACGGGAGGCAGGACCAUGCGCCUGCUUUUCAUGGUCUUUUUUACAAUUAUUUAUUUCCUGUGCCCCAUGAUGAUCAUACUCGUGGUCUAUUGCAACAUGUUCAAGGUGGCACGAGUAGCAGCCAUGCAGCAUGGCCCCCUCCCCACCUGGAUGGAUAUGCCACGACAACGGACCGAGUCCAACAGCAGCCACUCCACCAUGGCAGCUAGCCUCGGAGGAACUGGUGCCCGCGGCACCCCUCAGAGGACCUUCAGUGGUGGGAAGGCUGCGGUGGUCCUGGUGGCAGUGGGAGGCCAGUUCCUCUGCUGCUGGCUGCCAUAUUUCUCCUUCCACCUCUACUCGGCCGUGGUGUCUACCUCUACCCCCUCGCUAGCCCAACUGGAGGACGUGGUCACGUGGAUUGGCUAUUUCUGCUUCACCUCCAACCCCUUUUUCUACGGCUGCCUGAACCGCCAGAUUCGCGAGGAACUGGGUCGUCACCUGGCUUGCCUCUUCAAGCGGGCUGGGCCCAGCGAAGGGCAGCAGCUGCCCAGCCGUGAGGCCUCUAUUGAGGAGAACUUUUUGCAGUUCCUUCAGGGCACAGGAUGCAAUCUGGAGCCCUGCAACUCUCACAGCAGAGCCAGCCCAGAGGAGCCAGGGACCGAGUUGGUUCAUGAAUCAGCUGUUCAGCAGAUCAUGCCAGCUGACUUCCAUAUCCCAGGGCAGAUCCUUGAGGAGACCUCAGAGUUCAUUCAGCAGCAACAGCGAAACAAUGAACUAAAUGUAUCAGAGAAGGAGAACUGCUGGAAAACUGUACCAGAGCUGUAGCUUCCUUUCAUGUACUGUCUCUUGCCAUCAAUAAUCCAAGAAACAUACUGAGUUUUAUUCACAUUUCCUCAAAUUCAUCUUUGAUGCUUAAGUUGAAAAUCCAGUGGUAUCUUCUUUGAAGAAUUUAAGUUUUAUAACUUUUAAGAGGACACAGCAGAAUAUAUUAAGUGCAUUGUCUGAUUCAUAUCCCCAAUGGCCAUGAUGCUGCAGCAUUACAUGUUUCGUGAGCAAUACAGCAUCAGGCUGUUUUCUGUAUUAUUAGCAGAUGGACAGUAAACCCUUGUGUUAACAACAAAGUGACAAAGAUCUCAUGGAGGUAAAUACGAGACUGUGACAGAGCAGAGCUUCAGGGGGAACACAGUUUUCACAGGUUAUGUAAAGCUACAAAAGCCGUUCACAGGAAAUGUGUACAAGCUAAUUUUCAGUGAAAAUGUUUUGUUUUUUUUCACUGACAAAAAUGUUGGUUCUUCAUUAGACAUAAGGCAAUAAUGUAUAUGAAAGAAUUUGUCAUGAUAAAUCAUCACUAUUCCAUCUAUUUCAUACGCACUUCUUUGUGCAUUUUCCUCCUCUAGAUUUUUUUUUGUAAAUAUGCCCUCAUUGAACUCCUUGACAAUCAAUUCAUAAUGACGCAGUGAUAUGACCGUCUCUGUUUAACAGGAUAGAUGUGACAAUACUGAUUUAACGAUGACCUAAUCAUAAAUCCUGCCCGCUUCUUCAAGGGCCCAACUUCCCCUCCAACAAAGUGUUAUUUUAUGGAACUUUCUGCUGGAAGAACAACAUGGUAAACUUAAGAAGUGGUUAAAGUCAUUAUUGUAGCUGCUGUAGACAGUAUUUUAAGGAGUUAGUUGUUGGUAAAGUAACAAAACAUAUCUGUUGAUGGUGUUAACGUUCACAGCUCCAAUAGUCUCUCCAUUUGAAAUAUUCAUUGUGUUGAACAGGAUCAUCUCACAGCUGGUGCAGCUGCUGCUGGUAUUUAUAAUAAACAGGCUGACACGCCAGUGUAUUUUUAAACAUUUUCCAGGAGCGUUAUUAUCAUGUUUAUCUGUUUUUAGUCUUGUGAUUAUCACUUCCUCACCAAAAUCACCACACAUUGCUUGACUUGUGAUUCCAGCCCCUACCGCUCGAAGGGAAAAUAUUGUGGGUGGUCUAAUUCCUAUGACACUGUUGGUGUUCAGGAUUAAUCUUUGUAAAAAACGACUACAGGACGUUCAAAGUGUCACUUUGCUGAGAGCGAGGCUGGACGUGGAUGUGGUUUUUUCGGACGCCUGGGCCCGUCCACCAUCGCCCUGUGAUGUCUGGGCUGUUUACAGGUAAACACAGGAGCAGUACGAGUGCUCUUGAGUUUGUGCUAUAAACAACCAGGCUUGUUGUGGCUACACAGCACACAGGUGUGACAAUGCUUACACAUGGCAAGCUUUGCCUUUGGCCUCAUUUAGCAACAAAUGGAAGACACUGGCAACACUUCCUCUGAUCUCAGGUGGAAUACAGUUUGCACAAGUCACACAGGCAGUGACAUAUGUUCCAAAGAAAAUUACAAGGCACAAAUCUCUUACAAAACACUUUUUUGUCUUUCUGAUCUUUCUCACUGCCUUCAUCUUUUUUGGACUGCCUCAUACAAGACUGUCGAUUUGAUCACAAGACUCUCCACACAAGGCGUACAGGGAAGGUUCAUGUUUUGCUGGGAGUCAGAACAAAAAAAGGUCCCUUUGUUAGGGGACACAGUGUUCUAAAUCUUCUUGCGAUAUGACUUUGCUGCUGACUGUUUUUCAGACGGAUCUGUCUUGUCAUCUUGCUUUGAAGUGUUUCUUUUGUGUAAAAAAUUGGUGCAGAAACAUUAGCCCCGAACUUAGUUUUAAAUAAAAUCAAGAACAAUAAGGAGCACAAGACAAAAUGACUGCCAUAAUCCUUACUGUUCUAGAGGUCAUAUCUUUUU